AUGUCCCCGUACACCAGAUUCUCUCUGUAUGACGACACAACAGCCAAAGUCUUCACAGUCACCAUCACUGACCUGAGAACAGAUGAUGGAAACACUUACUGGUGUGUGAUAGAGCGGACACUGAGUGAUAUUUACACAGAGCUUCUACUGCUGGUUAAAACGGAAGAUCCUGUCAUCACUACUGUCUCACACACCACACACACCACACACUCCGCUUCAACACAGUCCGCUUCAACACAGUCCAUGAGUCCAUCAGUGCCUGCUGAGAUCACACUUUCAACAAUAGCUAAUCCACUAAAUGAUGCUAACCAUCCAACCAUCGCUCCCUCAUCUCAGGAAUUUCCGACUUCCACUGCCAUCAUUGCAGUGUCUGUGGUUCUAGUUCUGCUUCUCGUUGCCUUUUUAUUUGCCGUCGCCCUACAGAGGAAAAAGAAGACACAAGUCUCAGCCUCAUCUCCAGCCCAGGCGCCACAAAGCUCCUCAAACCUCCAUGUGGUCCCAUGUCCUGUCUAUGAUUAUGAGGAGAUUAAAGACAGCAGAUGUCUUUCUAACACACUUUACUCCACUGCUCAGCUACUCUCAACCCCCUCCGAGUUAUAUUCCAACACAGGAUUACCCUCAGUUCCCUCUGAUUCUUCACAAAUCUUUAUGCGACAGUACAACACCCAUCAGAUUCUCCUGAUCAGGACGUCUACUCCACAGCUCAGUUACCCACAAUUCUCUCUGAUUCCUCAGUCAGUGCUGCUCCACCGUCAGUUAUGA